AUGUCCAAUGUAAGUAAUAUUACAAUCGUAACAACCACGACUUCUAGCUUUCUUAAAUUUUCCAGUACUGCUCGAGUUUGGAUUUAUCUUAUUCCUAAUGUUUUAUCAAUAUGCUGCAGUAUAUUUGUUCUUUAUCAUUUUUUAUUCAAACGAACACUUCGUCAAGCUCUUAAUAAUCAUGUUAUAAUUAUUUUAAUCAUUAUUGGUCUUAUAUAUGAAUUGACAGAUGUUUUCUGGCUUAUUCAUUAUUAUCAUUUUCACUUUGCAUUAUUUUCAACACCCGCUUUUGCACUUAUAUGGAUGUAUAUAGAUUUUGCAUUUGAAAUAACACAAGUAAUGUUAUUUGCUUGGGCUACAAUUGAAAGACAUAUUCUUAUUUUUCAUAGUGGAUGGUUAUCAACAAAAAAGAAACGAUUUUUUGUUCAUUAUCUUCCUAUAAUCAUAAUUAUUACAUAUGGUAUGGUCUACUAUGGAGUUAUCAUUUUUUUUCCACUUUGUUCAUUUACUUUUGACAAUACUCAUCUUUAUGGUGUAACCGGUAAUCCUUGCAUAUACAAGUUUAUUCCAUUCAUUGCAAAAUGGGACUGGAUAGUGAAUCAAAUCAUUCCUACAGUUAUAAUUAUUAUCUUCAGUCUUGCUCUUCUUAUCCGUGUUCUCUUACAAAAACAUCGUUUACAUCGAUCAAUUAAUUGGAAAAAACAAAGAAAAAUGAUUAUUCAAUUAAUAUCUAUUUCAUUGAUCUACUUCAUAUUCUUUAUACCAUAUACAUUGAUCAGCGCGGCCUAUACUUUUGGAUUGUCCAGAACAUUUGCACCAGCAUUGGCUUAUUAUUCAGGUGUUUUCUUGUUUUAUAUGAUAUUUCUUGUACCAUUUGCUGCUUGUACUACAUUGCCUGAUUUUAAAACAAAAAUUAAGCAAUUAUUUUGUUGUAAUUAUCGACGACAACGAGUAGUUCAUCCUACCACUUAA